GAGGAGGGCGGGGAUUGCUUUCACCCACAGAACUACAACUCCCAUGAGGCUCGAGAUAAGCGCAUGUGCACAGGAGGAGCGCCCGUCUCUCAAGUCUCGUUAAGACCUUCUAAUCAAAUACCGAGCGAACUAAACCUCCCUUCCAAGCCCCUUCAAGUCACGUGAUCGAUGCCUGGGGGAGAAAUGCGCAUGCGCCGUGCCUUGAGCUUGGGCGUUUUGUAGUAGAGGAGCAUCUCCUUUCCCAGAUGGAUAAACAUUUAAGGAGCAAUCUGAAACUCAGUUUACAAAGAAGAUAGAGGUAGUGAUAAUAGGUAAAAGAAUGUCCAGCAAGGAAGUAAAGACUGCUCUGAAAAGUGCUAGAGAUGCGAUCAGAAACAAAGAAUACAAGGAAGCUUUGAAACAUUGUAAGACAGUGUUAAAACAAGAGAAGAAUAACUAUAAUGCCUGGGUUUUUAUUGGCGUUGCUGCAGCCGAGCUGGAACAGCCUGAUCAGGCCCAGGGUGCCUACAGGAAAGCUGCUGAAUUAGAGCCAGACCAGCUGCUAGCUUGGCAGGGGUUAGCGAGCUUGUAUGAGAAAUGCAACCACAUCAGUGCUAAGGAUGACUUGCCUGGAGUUUACCAGAAGCUCCUGGAUCUGUAUGAAAGUGUUGACAAACAGAAGUGGUGUGAUGUCUGUAAGAAACUGGUGGAUCUGUAUUACCAAGAAAAGAAACACGUAGAGGUGGCCCGGACAUGGCACAAAUUGAUAAAGACACGACAGGAAGAAGGUGCAGACAGCCAGGAGCUUCAUCAGCUGUGGAGGAAGUUGACUCAGUUGCUGGCUGAGUGCACUGAGGAUCAGAAUAAUGAGACCCAGCAACUGCUUUUAACUGCUUUUGAGAAUGCACUGGGCUUAUCAGAUAAGAUUCCUAGUGAAGAUCACCAAGUGCUUUAUAAACAUUUCAUUCAGUGUUUAUCCAAAUUUCCCAAUGAGACUGCUAGGUUGAAGAAAGCCUGUGAAGGAAUGAUAAACGUCUAUCCCACUGUACAGUAUCCAUUAGAAGUGCUUUGUUUACAUUUAAUUGAAUCAGGAAGUCUUACUGACGAGGGAGAACAGUAUUGUUGUAGACUAGUGGAAAUGGAUCCCCAAAGUGGUGCAGGUCUCAUUGGUUUAGGCAUUAAAGCAUUACAAGACAAAAAGUACGAAGAUGCUGUUAGGUACUUAACAGAAGGGAUAAAGGAAAGCCCCCUCUGCACAGCUGGAUGGUAUCAUCUGGCAGAAGCCCAAGUCAGAGUGCAUAAACCUAAGGAAGCUGUUCUUUCAUGCAAUCAAGCUCUGAAGAGUAUAGAUAACCUCGAUGUAUCUGGUGGCGGGCUGCGUCAGAAGAAUCGUUGUCUUCGUUUGAAAGCAGAGGCUUUGAUUAAACUCUCAGAUUAUGAAUCUUCAGAGGAAGCAAUUCGUACUCUUGAUCAGGUUUCUGAUGCAAAUAAUAUCCCAGGACUUUUGGUUCUCAAAGGCUUGGCCUAUCUGAACAAGGGCUCAUUAGAUGAAGCUUCAAAGAUUAUGGAAGACCUUCUCUCUUCUUACCCUGACCUCACUGAAGCUCAUGCCCUGGAGGCUUUGAUUCAUUUUACCAAAAAGGACUAUCUACAAGCAGAAAAAUGUUUUCAGCGAGCUCUUGAGAAAGAUGCUGAAGUUGCUGAAUAUCAUUACCAACUUGGGUUAACAUAUUGGUCCAUGGGUGAAGAAACAAGAAAAGAUAAAACAAAGGCUCUUACCCACUUUUUAAAGGCUGCCAAACUGGAUACAUACAUGGGCAAAGUUUUCUGCUAUUUAGGUCAUUAUUACAAAGAUGUAGUGGGUGAUAAAAAUAGGGCCCGUGGAUGUUAUAGGAAAGCUUUUGAAUUAGAUGACACCGAUGCUGAAUCUGGAGCUGCAGCAGUUGACUUAAGUGUUGAGCUUGAAGAGAUGGAAACUGCCUUAGCUAUCCUGACAACAGUCACUCAGAAGGCAAGUGCUGGGACGGCAAAGUGGGCCUGGCUUAGGCGAGGCCUAUACUAUCUGAAAGCUGGUCAGCAUUCCCAAGCAGUGGCUGAUUUACAGGCAGCGUUAAGGGCAGACCCCAAGGACUUCAAUUGUUGGGAAUCAUUAGGAGAGGCAUACCUAAGCAGAGGUGGCUAUACAACAGCCUUGAAAUCCUUCACAAAAGCCAGUGAGCUGAACCCAGAGUCCACGUACAGUGUGUUUAAGGUGGCGGCAAUACAGCAAACCCUGGGCAAAUAUAAAGAGGCGGUAGCUCAGUACCAGCUGAUCAUUAACAAGAAAGAAGAUUAUGUGCCUGCUCUGAAAGGUUUGGGUGAAUGCCACCUCCUAUUGGCAAAAGCAGCUCUUGUCGAUUAUCUUGAUGGGAAAGCUGUAGACUACAUAGAGAAAGCACUGGAAUAUUUUACUCGGGCUCUGCAACAUCGAGCUGAUGUGUCUUGCCUUUGGAAGCUAGCUGGGGACGCUUGUACCAGUCUGUCUGCUGUCUCACCAUCUAAAGUGAAUGUCAGUGUCUUAGGAGUCCUUCUAGGUCAGAAGGAAGGAAAACAAGUAUUAAAGAAAAAUGAGCUCCUCCAUCUUGGAGGAAGAUGUUACGGUCGUGCAUUAAAACUGAUGUCUACAUCUAAUACGUGGUGUGACCUUGGAAUUAAUUAUUAUCGCCAAGCACAACAUCUAGCAGACACAGGCCACAACUCAGAUGACCUUCAAGAGUUGUUGGAGAAAUCUAUGCAUUGUCUGAAAAAAGCUGUGAGACUUGACAGUAAUAAUCACUUAUACUGGAAUGCUCUUGGUGUAGUUUCAUGUUACAGUGGUAUUGGAAAUUAUGCCCUUGCUCAGCACUGUUUCAUCAAAUCAAUCCAGUCAGAACAAAUUAAUGCAGUUGCAUGGACCAACUUGGGAGUGUUAUACCUUGCAAAUGAAAAAAUUGAGCAAGCUCAUGAAGCUUUCAAAAUGGCUCAAUCCCUUGAUCCAUCUUAUUUAAUGUGCUGGAUUGGACAAGCUCUAAUUGCAGAGACAGUUGGAAGUUAUGACACCAUGGAUCUCUUCAGGCACACUACAGAACUCAGUAUGCACACUGAGGGAGCAAUAGGUUAUGCGUAUUGGGUCUGUACAACACUGCAAGAUAAGAGCAACAGAGACACGGAGCUGUACCGGUAUAACAUCCUCCAGAUGAACGCCAUUCCAGCAGCACAAGUGGUCUUGAGCAAAUACGUGGAGAGAAUUCAGAAUUAUGCUCCAGCUUUCACAAUGUUGGGCUACUUAAAUGAACAUCUGCAACUGAAGAAGGAAGCAGCAAAUGCGUACCAAAGGGCAAUUUUGUUGUUACAGACUGCAGAAGACCGAGAUGCUUAUAAUAUUACAGUAAGAAAUUAUGGCAGAUUGUUAUGUUCCAUUGGUGAAUAUGAUAAAGCUAUCCAGGCUUUUAAGUCAACACCCCUUGAGGAUUUAGAAGACAUCAUAGGUUUUGCAUUAGCUUUGUUUAUGAAGGGUGUGUACAAGGAGAGCAGCAAAGCGUAUGAGAGAGCCUUGGCAAUUGUUGAAUCAGAGCAAGACAAAGCUCAUAUCCUGACAGCUCUGGCAAUAGCGGAAUAUAAACAAGGAAAAAUGGAUGUAGCCAAGACAUUGCUGUUCAAAUGCUCUAUCUUAAAGGAACCAACAGUGGAAAGCCUUCAAGCCCUGUGUGCUCUGGGAUUGGCAAUGCAGGAUGCUACACUGUCAAAAGCUGCACUUAACGAGCUACUGAAGCACAGAAAACAGAACAGUGACUAUCAGAGGAGCCUUCUUACUUCAGCCAUCUAUGCCCUGCAAGGCCGCAGCGUGGCAGUGCAGAGACAAGCAUCCAGAGCUGUUCACAGAAUACCCAAAAAUAGUUUUAUUCUAAAGUUUCUUAAAGAUAAGAAAAUAACAACUAGAACAGUGCUUAUGUCUAAAAAUGGAGGUGCAGUGGCAGGAAACGUGGCUCAUAUUCUGGACUCAAAUCAUGGAAAGAAGGCAUUACUGUACACUGCAGUAAAUCAGUUGGCUAUGGGAAGCAAUUCAGCAGAAGAUGAGAAAAAUACUGCACUAAAGACCAUUCAGAAGGCAGCUCUCCUUUCUCCAGGUGAUCCUGCUGUCUGGGCUGGACUGAUGGUAGCUUGUCAUGCCGAUGAUGUACUGGCCCUGGUGAGCCGCACUCAGCCAAAGAGGGUGGAUUUAUACUUGGCACUGUUAUCUGCUGUUUCUGCUUCAAUUAAAGACAAAGGAUUCUAUGAAAAUUACAACCAGUCUCUUGAAAGGUGGUCUCUCUCUCAAGCUGUCACUGGUCUAAUAGACACAGGAAGAAUAUCUGAAGCUGAAGCCCUCUGCACAAAGAAUUUAAAAAGUAACCCUGAUCAACCAGCUAUUAUCUUACUCUUGAGACAAGUUCAAUGUAAACCACUCCUGGAGUCACGAAAACCUCUCCCAGAUGGUGUACUUGAAGAGCUGCAAAAAACAGUCAUGUCCAACUCAACCUCUGUUCCAGCUUGGCAGUGGCUGGCACACAUACAUCAGUCCCAGGGGAUGAUGGGCGCCGCAGAAAUGUGCUACAGGAAGAGUCUGCAAGUAGCCUCCCAGCAGGGCAGCUGGGGCGGGAAGCUCUCGAGCCUGUUGCGGCUAGCGCUGCUCGCGCUGGAAGUCUGCAUGGCUAAUGUUUCCAAUGAUCACUGGCCAUCCUUGGUUCAAGAAGCUACAGCUGAGGCCCUGAAACUUUGCUUUUGUCCACUGGCUGUCCUUUUACAAGCUUUGUUACAAUUCAAACGCAAAAUGGGAGCAAGAGAGACACGGCGACUUUUGGAGAGAGUUGUAUAUCAGCCUGGGUAUCCCAAAUCUAUUGUUUCAACAGCACGUUGGUACCUUCUGAGACACUUACAUGCCAAAAAUGACUACGAGCUCAUUGAUGUGCUGGUAAACAAUGCCAAAACUCACGGAGAUGCAAGAGCAUUGGAACUGAAUCAGAAAUUGUCCUCACAAUAACAGUGCUUUAUUUUAUAGUAAGCAGGCAAAGAAAAAGCUACUAGAAAUAAAGAAAGAAAGAAUCAAGACUUUCCCCCAAAGCAACAGUUUAAAAAGCUAUAGUUACAAUCAUCCAUUUCUUUUUAAAAUCUAAAGACGUUUAGUUCUUAAGCUAGGGAUGUAAUUUUCCAUAAACUCUUAAUAUAACUUUAAUUUGAAAACAUUUUUGAUUUGGGAAGUCUAUAAUGAAAGGAAAAACCAUGAUUCCCUUAGUAGUUCGUUAGUUAUUUAUGAAUCAUAUUUUCUGUAUCUUGCAUGGUGCACAAUAGUACUUUUUUUUUUGUAAUCCCUUACAAUAAAGCCUUAAUAGCCAUUUGCUAAAUUAUAUGCAAAAUGAGAUUAGCACAGUGCAGAGUUUUAUUUGUUAAAAAACAAAUUAAAAGUUUUAAUUCCUUCUGUGAAUUCUAGAGUUCAGCAGACCAAUUCAUCCAAUAUCCAGAUAAUCUUAUCAUCUGUUUUACUAGUGGUUCAUCUUGGAUUCUGUUGAAGAAGCAUAAUAUAAAUGUUAGGUGAGUCCUGGACUGCUAAUUGGGCUUCCUUGGUUGUUCAGACAGUAAAGAAUCCGCCUGCAGUGUGGGAGACCCAGGGGAUCACCCUGGGUUGGGAAGAUCCCCUAGAGGAGGGCAUGGCCGCCCACUCCAGUACUCUUGCCUGGAGAACCUCCAUAGACAGAGGAGCCUGGUGGGCUACAGUCCCUGGGGUUGCAAAGAGCUGGACACGACUGAGUGACUAAGCACAGCACAGACUGCUAAUGGAUAAGUCUGUAGAAUCCAAAACUCUCAAGUGUAAGGCUGCAUUUAAAAAGUGAGUGGAAAUUUUUCAAAAACAAUGCUGACAAUAUUUAAUCGAUCAUGCAAUUCCUUCAUUUAUGCUAAAAAGAUGAACUUUUCUUAAAUAAAAACAAAAGUGGUGUCUUGU